AAAACAAUAACAGUUAAUAUUUUGAUAAAGUAAUCCAAAUUUAUGUGAUGAUUUAUAAGUAAUAUCGAAUGCUUCAUAUGAAGCGAUAACGGCAGUAGUUUCAAUACAUAACCUCAAAUAUUUUAAAACUUUGGAUGAUCUUUGAAAUAACAGGUGCAAUUAAAAUUUGAAAAGAUGGCAGAAAAGUCAAAAAAUGCUGUUCAGAUCAAACACAUUCCAAAAGAUGCACAAGUAAUUGUAUCAAUAAUGAAAGACAUGGGAGUAACUGACUAUGAGCCUAAAGUAAUAAAUCAAUUAUUAGAAUUUACUUACAGAUAUGUGACUUGUGUCUUAGAUGACAGUAAGAUUUAUGCUAAUCAUAGCAGAAAGAAAUUUGUUGACUUGGACGAUGUUCGACUUGCUAUCAAAAUGCAAUUAGAAAAAUCUUUUACCAACCCUCCACCAAGAGAAGUGUUAUUAGAAGUAGCUAAAACCAAGAAUAAUGUCCCAUUACCAUUUGUAAAACCAAGUUAUGGACUUAGAUUACCACCUGAUCGUUAUUGUUUGAAUGGAGCUAAUUAUAAACUCAAAACAUCACUCAAAAAGAUUGGCAAAAGUAAUAUUAGCAAUCUGAAUACAGCUGGCAUUGGAGGAAAACUGGGUUUUUCUAUAGUAAAGAGACCUGGAACUAUAUCUACUAUUUCAAGAGCCCAAACAAUUUCAGUGACAAAGCCAGUUUACAAAGUCAAUCCUAACAAUCAAAGUUUGGUGAAGCCUCAAACCCAAAUAAAACCAAAACUUCAAAUCUCAUCUGAUUGUGGACAAAUUCAAUUACCUUCUAUAAAAUCAGAAGUCAAAUCAGAAUCAGAGGAAUCUAACAAAAGAAAACGAGAAGAUGAUGAUUAUGAUGUUCCUUAACUAAAAAUGUUCAUUUCUUUUAGAAAUAUUUUGAAUAAUUAUUAUUUUUUAACAUAUUAUCUAGAUCAAAUUUUGUAACAAAAAUAUAUUUAUUUUGGUUCAUUUGAUAGAUUAAAUAUAUAGUGAAACAAUGAUAAUAGUAGCUUUUCGUUCAAUUUUAAAAAUACAAUCUUUUACAAGUGUACAAAUUA